AUUACAUGCGUGUCACAGUGUCACUCCCGAUUUGUGAAGUUCAAGAAUUCUGGUGUGUUGUUAGAAGCCGGCUUCAUCUCUUUAGUCUGGUCAAUUGUAGCGCUGGUUCGCUAGUUUGAUGAUAGUUUAUUAAAUUUACAUCUGUUUAUUUUAUGAAAGAUUCUUAUCAAAGUAAUCACUGAAUAUGGAUAUACAGACAGCACUGAUUUUUGUUGGUGCAUUCCUCUUCAUUGGUCUACUGUUGUACCUUGUCUCUGUAUUUGGAAUAAAAGAAAAAACCUAUGAAGAAGCUAUUGAAGAACAACGUAGAUUAAACUUGGAAGCUGAACUACAACCGAAGUCAGAUAAAACUGCAAAAAAAGAGAAGAAAUUUAAAAAAUGGGGAAAAAAAUCAAAAGAGAAAGCAGAUGAAAAUAAAAGUACUCACACAGAACACUUCAUUCAAUCCAAACUAGAAACUGAACACAUUGAGCAUGUUGAAUUUAAAUCCACAGCAGAAGUAAUUUAUACAGAUCCAGAUGUAGACCCACGACCACUAAAGGCCAAGAAAAAGAACAAAGUUGCUCAGCCUAAACCCAUUCUUGUAAACAGAGACUCAUCACCACCGUUGGUUGAUGAAAGAGAAAUUCAAAGAGUGAGGAGUAAUUCUUUUGGUAAAAUUCAGCCAAAAGACGAGUUAGAACUGAAACACAUGACUCAUUCCCAAGACUUGUCUAUCGAGCCUGAGAAAAUUAAGAAAAAAGGUGGUGAGACAGAGAAAACAACAGAAAAUAAUGAUUAUGCAAAAGAAGAUUCUCCAAUACAAAAGCAAGAAGAGGCAAAGAAGAAAAAGAUUUGGGAUGAUUCCAUGAAAGUAGUAAAGGAUGAUACUGGACAUUCAAGAGGACUUGAACCACAACCUAAAAAGAGCAAGAAGCAAAAGAGUGAUUACCUGUUGCCUGCUGGUGAUAAUGUAGAACUAGCAGCUAGUAGGCUACUUGUCCUGUUAAAAAAUGCUGAGUUAAGUGCUGAGGAUAGCCAGAUGCUAAUUGAUGUCCUUCUGACUAAGCAGAAUGAAGAAGCAGUUGUAUGGACAAAGAAGAAUGACCCAGUGGCUAAUCUUAAAAAACAGCUUCAAGAGCGUGAACAGCAGUUAGAGUCAGAACAGUGUCAAGCACAAGCUAUUAGUGCUAAAAUGAGAGAGCUGAAACAGGAAUUAAAUAAAGAAAAAUCCCGUUCUUCAGGACUUGAACGCACGUUACGAGAAAAGCUUGGACAACACCAAGAAGAAAUAAAGUCUCUGCAGUCUAGCAUUCAAAUGAGUCAAGACCAGCACAAGAAAGAGGCUUCUUCUCUUCAAGCAAAAAUCCAACAAUUGCAGACAAAGGUAACAGAUGAGCAGGCUCCAACCAUCCAAAGACUUCAAGAAGAAAAUAACACACUGAAACAGAACCUCUCCAGAUUAGAAAAAGAGAGUUGUAGCAGAGUGGAAUUAUCACAACUGCAGCAUGAAUUGGAUCAAGCAAAGUCAGCUAAAGAACUUUAUGAUGCUAAACAAAAUACUCUGCUGAAGACGAAUGAAGAACUCCAACAAGAAAAACAAAAACUUCAAGAAUGUGUACAACAACUAAAAGAGGAAGAAUACAAGAACACCCAGCAAGUCAACAAACUUACACAGGAGAUUGAGAACUUGAGAACCUCCUUUCACAACAUUGAAAAUGAUAACAGUUCUAUGAAAAAACAACUAGAAGAAGCAAGGCAACAAGGAAUUGACAAAGAAAGAAAUGUCAAGGAACUUUAUGACUCCCUUGAGGAAGCCAGGAAAAAAAAUGAUGAAGCAGAGUCUCAGUUGCAUACUUUUCAGGCUCAGAUAUCUGAUUUGACCAAUAAAAACAAUGAGCAACGAAAUGAACUAAAUAACCUUUUUCAGCAGAAUGAAACACUGUCUUCAGAGAUUAGUUCUCUUCGAGAACAAAGUGCAGCUAAACAACAGGAAUCCAUGCAGCAAAAUGGAGAGCUUUAUGAUAAGAUGAAUGAAGAUCAGCAGAUGAAUAAAAUUGAUUUAAUAGAGCAUCAAAAAAUACUAGAGGAAAAGGACCAAGCUUUACAGCAGCUUGAAGAUGCACUCAGUACACACAAAGAACAGCUGUUAUCUCUAACAGAAGAAGUUGAAAAUCAAAAACAGAAAAAUAAUGAGUUGCGUGAAAAGAACUGGAAGACUAUGGAAGCAUUACAGAUUUCAGAAAAGGCCGCUGAAGAAAAACUGAAACAGUUACAAACAGAAUCCACAUUAGUGAAUGAUAGGUUAAGACAGGAGGCUGAAGAAAAAGUGAAACAGGCUGAACAAAGGCUACAAGAAAGACUUCAGCAAGUUGAGAAAGAGCAGGAAGAGAAAUACUGUCAACAGCUGGAGGAAGUAACAAGCAUAAAGGAACAUAAUACAGAAGCAAAGGUUCAAAGUGCUUGUAGAGAAGUUGAAGGAAGACUUCAGCAAGCACUGCAAGAUGUUGAUAGGUGGAAAACGGAAGCAGAUAAAAUAGAGAGUGAAAAAUUAAAAGAAAUUUGUAAAUCAAAAGAGGAAGCAAAUCAGAGAUUAAGAGAUCAAGAAAAUAAAGUUCAGGAGCUUCUCCAGAGGAUAUUUCCUAGUAUAAAGAUAGAUAACCAGUUGGAUUUUAGUGAAUGGCUUUCAUGUUUUGAAAAAGAGGCCUUAGAGUGGUUAUGUAAACUGAAAGAAACUAGUGAAGAUCAUGCUGAAUGUAAUGUAAUAAAAGAACAAUUAGAAGAAGUAUCAUCAAGGUUACAGAAGCUAGAGGUGGAGAAACAGAAGAUAGAAGUGCAAGCACAGCAUUAUAAAACUGCCUUAGCAGAAACAGAAAGCAUUCUAAACAAGUUGCAGAAUAGUGUAGAAGAUGAAGAAAAAAUCUGGAGAGAAAAGUUAAAUACAAAAGAUCAAGAGCUUCAGAAGGCACUUAAAGAAAGAGAGAGGUUAACAGAAGAAAAGCAGACUCUUGAAAACAGUCUGCAGAAACUGGAGGGUUUUGAAGAGGCAACUUCUGAGGUAUGUGGAGUGAAAUUUGCCUUUAGUUGCAUAGAAAAGACUCUUCCUAAUAUAUUAAAUGAGAUGCAAGCCAAGCUUGUCGAGUUGCAAUCCAAACUCCAGGGAGAAGAGAAUGAAAGGAAAGUCUUAGAACAAAAAUAUGAAGAAGUUUCCAGAAAUUCCCAAAACUUGCAAGAAAAAUUAGAUAGUAAAGAUAAGGAAAUUGAGGAGUUGCAGAAGGAGAAAGAUGCUGUUGAGUCAGUCACAAAAGAACUGGAGCUGUCAAAGUCUCUGUUGGAAAAGGAACGAAAAAUCACAAAGGACCUGUCAUCAAAAACAGUAAAGCUGGAUUCACUGGUGAAAAUUGGCCAGGAUUCACUCAAGUAUGAGCAAAAUAUCAGUAGAAAACUAGAAGAGGAUCUGAAGACUAAGGAGGCAACAGUCAGUCAGCUUCAGGCCCAGCUACAAGCUUUAAAGGUUCCCACUGCCAAUGGCCCUCCUGUCGCCACCACUGUGGAAUCGCCAAUGUCAACAGAAACAGAUGGUGCUUCAAAUAAGAAAUAAAAAGGUUUAA